AUUAAAGACAGGCAACGAUUCUAAAUUCUUAAUCCCAACCGUUUAUCCAAUUUAGUAUUGUAAGAGAGAUUAAUUGAAUAAACUAUGAAGUCCUGAAUUCUGUACUACUUUUUAUACCCAAACAAAUUAAACUUGAACUUCACUUUUUUUUUGUGAAAAAGAGCUCCAUGAUUCAUGUAUCUUCUUUUUUCUCUUUCUGAAAAGAACAAAGAGAGUUGCUUGAAUUACCUGAAAUCUCCCUUUCUUUCUCUGAUCUCUGCCCCAAAGCUGUUGCAUUUAAGCUCUCUCUGAGUCUCCUCUUCAUUGAGGAUGAGGAGCUUCUAAUAUACAUUGGAGAUUGAAGGUUAGAUUUUAAGGGUACAAUGCGGUUGUUUCCUUCAAAUUCGAGUGUGACAAAGGGGCAGAGUAAUGGAGGAAGCAAUCGCGCUUUGUUGUAUCUCAAUGUAUAUGAUCUCACACCUAUAAAUGACUACCUUUACUGGUUUGGGCUUGGGAUAUUCCACUCUGGUAUUGAAGUACAUGAUUUGGAGUAUGGCUUUGGAGCACAUGAGUAUCCUACAAGUGGGGUUUUUGAAGUGGAACCAAGAAGUUGUCCUGGUUUUGUCUUCAGACGAUCAGUAUUAUUGGGCAGCACUAACAUGUCUCGUUCAGAAUUUCGGGCAUUUAUGGAACAGCUUUCACAAAAAUACCAUGGAGACACGUAUCAUUUGAUUGCUAAGAAUUGCAACCAUUUCACUGAUGAAGUGUGCCUGCAGCUAACGGGAAAGCCUAUUCCUGGAUGGGUAAAUAGGCUGGCUCGAUUAGGUUCAUUUUGCAACUGUCUACUUCCAGAAAGCAUUCAAGUUACUGCAGUUCGACAUCUUCCUGAUCAUCCAACAUAUUCUGAUGAUGAGAUAUUAGAUUCUGCCGCAACAUCAUUAACAGCAGAGAGUGAGGAAGAGGAUUCAGAUCAUCAUCUGCUGACAACACCAAAUAGUGAUGUUGCAUUUCUGAAAGAAAAGCCAGUGAGGCUUGCCAAAGAACUCCUAUGAUCUUUUCUCCAACUGUAAUUGUUUCUUUUUGGGUUCGUUCUAUUAUUUGUUCUUCUAGCAUAUGGUCCCAAAUGCAUCAGAGAACAUGUCAGAGCUCUUCAAGGUACAGUGAUGAUGCUGUUGACUUCAUUUUUAUUUUAAAAUGUGUGCUCAUGCCUCAACUUAUUCCUUUACUACGGUGCUAAGAUUUAGAUCUGUUAAGAGUAUAACCCUUGAAGUCGUGGGUUGUUACUAGAUGCUAUUAGAUUUGAAAGAAUUUCCAUGUUUUUGUAAUGUAUCACUCUCCGAAUGUUGUGCAUCCUGGCCAAAUAUUCAGAUUCUGUAUUAUUAGCUGUAUUUCCUUUAUCUCAUUGUGAGAAAAUAAAUAUAUUCUGACUUAUUUUGUUCAUCGAA